CUUUCUCCGCAGUCUGCAGUAAACAUGGCGUCACUGAGAAGUAGCCCGUGCCUAGAAACUUCUCCUCACUAAACAUUACUAACGAGGAGGACACACACGCCAACAUUAUACUCGUCAACACGUAUAUAUUUUUGUAGGUAUGCCCCGGAAAAAGCCAUUCAGCAACAAGCAGAAGAAGAAGCAGUUGCAAGUCAAACGGGAGCGAAAACGAGGAGAAUCAGGGUCGGGGCCGAGUAGCCGCAAUGCCAGCGUGGAGCGAGGAGAGCGCCAGUCGGACACGUCAGACAGCGAAACCACAGAUGUCAGAAGACUAAACCAGCAGCCCGGCAGCAGAGAAGGCAGAUAUGAUCCCAAUAGAUUUCGUCUGCACUUUGAAAAGGAGAGCAAAGAGGAUGUGGAAAAGCGGAAGAAGAUUGCCCAGGAGAAGAUUAUUCAGCCCGUCUCAGACAAAGAACUGGAGAUCGGCAUCGAUGACAUCUACCCUCCAGAGCGAGGCCUGGGUUUCCCACGCCGGCCGCCAUGGAACUACAAGAUGAGCCGCGAGGACUUGCUGAGGAAAGAGGAGAAGUCUUACAGGCAGUAUUUGGAUGAGCUGAACUCCAGAAACCCGCCUGGAUCUCUCAGCCACUUUGAGCACAAUCUGGAGACAUGGAGGCAGCUGUGGCGAGUGUUAGAGAUGUCAGACGUCAUCCUCCUCAUCGUGGACAUCAGGCAUCCGGUGGUGCAGUUCCCCCCAGAGGUGUACAACUGCCUCACAGGUGAGCUGAAGAAGCAGGUGGUGCUGGUGUUGAACAAAGUGGACCUGUGUCCUCCUCCGCUGGUGAUCGCAUGGAAACAUUACAUGACCUCACAGUUCCCCCAGCUGCACAUUGCCUGCUUCACCUCCCACCGCGGACAGGCCUACAGCACAGUGCUUCAGAAAAGGCGAAUGAGGCGGAAGGCUGACUGGAGCCAGGCUGGUGGUCCCACAGAGAUCCUCAAGGCAUGUCAGGACAUCACAGCAGGCAGAGUCGACCUGUCCAGCUGGGAGCAGAAGAUCCAGGCCAAUGCUGUUGCCGAGCAACUAGAUGGGGAUGGGCUGGACGAGGACGCCGAGUCCGUACUGGUGGAGCAUCAAAGCGAUAGCGCCAUGGAGAUGAGCAACCCAUCACAUGAGCUCUACAAGGAUGGUGUUCUCACUCUGGGUUGCAUAGGCUUUCCAAAUGUGGGCAAGUCAUCUGUUAUCAAUAGUCUGGUAGGGAGGAAGGUGGUAAGCGUGUCCCGGACCCCAGGCCACACCAAAUACUUCCAGACCUACUACCUCACCCCCACAGUCAAACUUUGUGACUGCCCUGGACUCGUCUUCCCCUCCUGUGUGGAUAAACAGUUACAGAUCCUAGCCGGAAUCUACCCGGUGUCCCAGCUCCAGGAGCCUUACAGCUCAAUCGGUUAUCUGUGUGAAAGAACCCCUUUCCUCUCCGUGCUGAAGCUCAAACAUCCCAAUUUGCAAGAUUUUACCACCCAAGGAGACCAGACUUCUGUGGAGCCCUCCUGGACCGCCUGGGAUGUUUGCGAGGCUUGGGCCGAGAGAAGGGGCUACAAGACGGCCAAAGCCGCUCGGAAUGAUGUGUACCGAGCAGCCAACAGCCUCCUGAGAUUAACCACUGACGGCCGACUCUGCCUUUGCCUCAGACCGCGCGGCUACAGUUGCUUGAGAGAUCACUGGGAAAGCCACACCGACAUCCCUGACAUCCUCGCCCUCCAGGGAAGGACAUCUGAGGAGGACACCACUGGAAAGAGGGACGAUGAAGAUGACGGUGAAUCCAGCACUGAGCCCGAGGAAGAGAGAGACCGGGACGCGGAUGACGACGAUGACGGCGACGAAGACGAAGGGUUUAAACAGGCAAAGCGAAAGGAAGAUACCACACCUGGCGUCACCGUCAACAUGUUUAAUGUCCUUCAGGAGAAUGAAUGUGAGUGAUGGAACAGAGACAAGCAGGCAAGAAGGUACCCUGAUGUUUCCCCGUCUUGCCUCUUUACACUCCUUCGAUUCUUCCCUGAAUAUGCAUUCCUUCUCAUAUCAUUUCCAAAGUAAGCAUAUUUCCUCCUCCCAAUGUUAAGGCUACUAUUGUGAGUUUUGAUUUGUCUGAACUCUUAAGCAGGAAGAAGCUAGUUAACAUGCCUACUGAUGAUAUUACGUAAGACACCAUUAGCUUCUGCCUCCCGCAGUUCAAAAAAAUCCCACUAGGUGGCAUAAGGUACUGAACAAAAACACCUUAGAGUCGCAGCAAACAAAAUACCUCCCAUCUAUUUUUUCAAAAACAUGCUGCAAAAUCACAACAGACAAGGAAAAAAAGCGUAUUUGAAUCAUAUUUGCAGAACAUUAUUUUUCUACUCUAUGCUGUGCCUCAGUUCUGCUUGUUCAGGCACAAAGCUUUCACCAUGGGCGGGGUUUGUUUUUGGGUCUCGUUCUCAAAGGCAAUGUACAAAAACAACUGUAGACUGCUUUAGGGUGAGGAAUGGUAAUAAUGGAUCAUUUUAUAAUGUGUACCCUGUGGAAUUGUAAUCACAUGCAGCAAUGGAGGAAAAAUAGAGUGAUAUACUCGACAUUUGACGGCAACCAGUAGAUACAGUCUUAUAUCAUAAUGACUCCAUUUGAGGUAUCCAAAACCUUGGCUAUAGGCUCAUAGUUGUUUUUUACCUAUGGCACAUUGUUAAAAGUUAAAUAUGGCCUGCAUUCGCACAUCAUGACAGAAAAUUGGGGCUAUGCUAAAAAUCCCAAAGGAUGAAAGGUUGCGAUUAAUUGUUAUGUUUGGUGUCUUGAAGAUAUUUUGCCCUUAAUUUGAUUGGGUUUAUUAUAUGUGGUUAAUAUUAUUCUCAUCCUUCAAUUUUUGUUAAAAAAGUUUGAACACCACCCCUGAACUGCAGCAUAGACACAAUCCCCCUUGUUUUAUUAUUCCAUCCAUUUUCUACCCCUUAUUCCCUUUGGGGUCGCGGGGGGCGCUGCAGCCUAUCUCAGCUACAAUCGGGCGGAAGGCAGUGUACACCCUGGACGAGUCGCCAUUCUGCGCAGUAAAAACCUUGUUUAGAAACAGAAGUUCAGACAAUUCAGAAAAGUAUUCUAGCGUCACAAUGAUAAUAUAGAAAUUAAUAGAUUUAAUUAGAGGGAUUUAGUCCAAUGUCCAUCCAUCAUACUGCAUACUGACAUGUGACCUUACAGCUGACUUGCCAAAUGAUGCACAAAUUAGACGCUCCUUGCCUUUAAUCUAUCAUUCACUGGAUUACCUUCUUAUUGCUGCUGGGGUCUUCAAAAAAAUAGUUUUUUGUAGAUCACCAAAGGGGGAUAUAAGAGCACCAUUUCAUACUCAGGUCAGCAGAAAACCAGUAUUACCAGUUUGAUUCUCUCAAUAGGGAGAGUGUUGUGUUUCUGAGAGUGCUGUGAUCAUUUUGCCGUGACUUUGCACAGUUAGCAGUACAACACAGAAUCUAUUGUUACUCAAUAAAACCUCAAGUGUACUGUACUUGAAAUGUAAGCCUGCACAAUCAUCGCUAAUGUUUUGUUUCAACAAAGCACUUCAAGGAACAAAUAAACAUUUUGGAAGAUAUGCUUAUUUGUUUUGUUCAUAUGAUUGCUGAGUAUUCGCACCGAGCCAAACAAAACAUUAGCUUUUGACCAAAAUGUUGACUUGUUCCGUUAAAGGCAAACAAGCAGGAGAGGGAGGUCGGCCAUCACACCUUGUAUCAGUUCCUAAACGAUAAGCGCCCAGUCGGUUUUGUCAUAAAAUGUAACUUUGUCAGCCCAGAGGACUUAUCUUGUUUACCUGAGACAAACCUCCUCUCAAUCUCUCCACAUGAAUCUUCUCAAAGUGAUAAAAGAUGACUUCAAUGUAUUGUGCAGGAACGUCUGCCAUUGCUAUAACAAUAAGAGUUGUACCAUGCUACUGACAUCAAAGUAUAUUUGUAUGGAUUUUAUAAAAUGAGUCCCUUAUAUUUGCUAAUGGAACUGACAGGACAGUAAAGUGUUUAGGACGGAUGCUUGUUUAUGACACCUGCGGCAUUCCUUUCAUUACCAACAUCUUUCAACUGGACUGCUUUAUGCAAUAAAUAAUGUCAUCUUGA